AUGGAUCUACUCCGCGACAGCACGCUUGGGCAAAUCAUUCGUUUCGUUUGUCGCAAUCGAUGUCUGCUGUAUCCCGAUGAGAAACCAAAUUUCAAGUAUUCCUUCAAUGGCGAAGGCCCUCAAUCUAGCCGCGAGAAGCUCAACAGCGACGUCACUACCCAUACGAAUUCUGCGAGAUUUUCAUCAACUCUGAGCCCCAGCAGCCAAACCGGAUUACAGGAUCCCGAAGCGCUUACCGACGAGAACGAAAGAGCAUGGAAGCAAUCUGGACUGGCAAACAACUUGUAUAAUGAGGAGAAGAAAAGUUCGCCGUAUGGAAAAGAAACAAUCCUGGUGGACUGGUACGACGAACGUGAUCCGGAAAAUCCCAAGAAUUGGUCCACUGGCAAGAAAGUCGUCGUAACUAUCGUGCAUUGGAUCUACACCUUCACAGUGUACUGUGCAUCCGCGAUCUACACACCGAGCAUCGAAGGCGUUCAGGCUGAGUACAACGUCAGCCACAUUGUGGCAUCUCUCGGCCUCUCGCUGUACGUUCUGGGCUACGGGAUUGGUCCUCUGGUGUUCUCCCCACUGUCGGAGAUUCCUCGAAUCGGUCGCAACUUGCCUCACAGCGUCACUUUGUUCCUGUUCGUCCUUCUCGCAAUCCCAACGGUUCUUGUCAAGUCCUUCGCUGGCUUCCUGGUCUUGAGGUUCUUGACGGGGGUCUUGGGCUCGCCGUGUCUUGCGACAGGAGGUGCGACACUGUCAGACAUGUAUUCGCCUUUGAAACUUCCUUACGCACACACCGCCUGGGUUGGAGCAACCUUCUGCGCCCCUGCUCUUGGUCCCGUCUUGUCAGGGUUUGCCGUCGCGAGCAACGACUGGCGUUGGUCGUUGUGGGAAAUCUUAUGGAUGGCAGUCUUCACGUUUAUCAUCAUGCUGGCUUUCUUCCCCGAGACGUCUGCAGCGACGAUCUUACUCCGCCGGGCCCAGCGCAUUCGAAAACGAGAGCAAGACAACCGCUACGUCUCCCAAUCUGAGAUCGAUGACGCCAAACAAUCUGCUAGCCAGAUCGCUACUCAGGCUCUCAUUCGGCCCCUUCAAAUUACCUUCAUGGAUCCGGCAGUUUUGUUCACAAAUCUGUACAGCUCCUACAGUUAUGGCGUGUACUACAGCUUCUUCGAAGCGUUCCCCCUUGUCUACACGGGUACUUACGGCUUUAGUCUUGGCCUAACGGGGACGGCAUUUCUGUCCAUCGUCAUUGCAUGUCUGGUUGGAUCCGCGAUCUACGAAGCAAAACUCAAAAGACGAGGUCCAGGUCUUCAGGAAGAGCGCCUCCUCCCUGCCGUUCUUGCCUCGAUCCUGCAGCCGGCUGGACUGUUCCUCUUCGCCUGGACGAGUCGUAGCGACGUCCACUGGAUCUUCUCCAUGAUCGGCAUCGCUCUUUUCAGCACGGGAGGCUUCAUACUUUUCCAAGGCAUCUUUAUGUACCUUCCCCUCUCCUAUCCAGACUACGCGGCUAGUCUGUUUGCAGCGAAUGACUUUUGCCGGUCCGCCUGGGCGGCUGGUGCAGUGCUCUACGCUCGUCCUCUUUUCGAUGCGCUUGGGAUCGCCAGGGGUAUAUCACUUCUUGCUGGACUAUCUUUUGCAGGGGUGGUAGGAGUCUUUGCGCUUUAUUAUUUUGGAGCGACGCUGAGAGCCAGGUCGAAGUUUGCUCAGCCUUAA